AGUCUAACAAGCAAUAGCUCCUUGCAGCAAAGUGACUUCUUUAGUGGAAAAUUAACAAUGGACUAAUUUUAUAGUUUACUUCUUUCCUCCUCUGUCCCAUACUUCCCACCCUCAUCCUCGGUUGACCGUCGUCAUCUCCGCCAUGUAUCCGCCGUCGCGUUCUCUCAUCGUUAUUUAUUAUCCUUUAAUCUUAUUUUUCCUCGAUACCGUCGUCGUUUUGUCUGCUACCGAUAUCCCUAAUCAUAACCAUCGUCCUAUGAUAAUUCCUCUCCAUCUUUCUACCUCUAACAUCUCUUCUCAUCGUAAACCCUUCACCAGCAACUAUCACCGCCGACAACUCCAUAAUUCCGACCUCCCUAACGCUCACAUGCGCCUCUACGACGAUCUCCUCUCCAACGGAUACUAUACGACGCGGUUAUUUAUUGGCACUCCACCGCAGGAAUUCGCUCUUAUUGUGGACACUGGCAGUACAGUAACAUAUGUUCCGUGCUCUACAUGUGAACAGUGCGGCAAGCAUCAGGAUCCUAGGUUCCAACCGGAGUCAUCUAGCACUUACAAACCGAUGCAAUGUAACCCUAGUUGUAACUGUGAUGAUGAAGGGAAGCAAUGUACUUAUGAGAGGCGGUAUGCUGAGAUGAGUUCUAGUAGUGGUUUGCUUGCUGAGGAUGUUCUCUCUUUUGGAAAUGAAAGUGAGCUUACACCUCAGCGUGCUAUUUUCGGUUGUGAAACUGUUGAGACUGGUGAACUUUUCAGCCAACGUGCUGAUGGAAUUAUGGGGUUGGGUCGUGGUCCGCUCAGUGUUGUGGAUCAACUUGUUAUAAAGGAGGUUGUUGGUAAUUCUUUCUCUUUAUGUUAUGGUGGAAUGGAUGUGGUUGGGGGUGCUAUGGUUCUCGGUAAUAUUCCUCCGCCCCCUGAUAUGGUUUUCGCUCAUUCGGAUCCUUACCGUAGUGCCUAUUACAAUAUUGAGCUGAAGGAACUGCAUGUGGCUGGAAAACGAUUAAAGCUAAAUCCAAGAGUCUUUGACGGAAAGCAUGGAACAGUUUUGGACAGUGGAACUACAUACGCAUAUCUUCCAGAAGAAGCUUUUGUUGCAUUUAAGGAUGCUAUUAUUAAGGAAAUCAAGUUUCUCAAACAGAUCCAUGGCCCUGAUCCAAGUUACAAUGAUAUUUGCUUUUCUGGUGCUGGAAGGGAUGUUUCGCAACUAUCAAAGAUUUUUCCGGAGGUAAAUAUGGUAUUUGGCAACGGUCAAAAAUUGUCCCUAUCUCCAGAGAACUACCUCUUCCGGCAUACAAAGGUUAGUGGUGCAUAUUGCUUGGGAAUUUUCCAGAAUGGAAAGGAUCCAACUACUCUUUUAGGAGGAAUUGUAGUACGGAACACUCUUGUUACUUAUGAUCGGGAUAAUGAUAAGAUUGGGUUUUGGAAAACUAAUUGCUCUGAACUAUGGAAGAGACUGCAAUCUCAAUCUCCUGGUAUUCCUGCUCCCCCACCUGUAGUUUUCUCUAGUGGUAAUAAAAGUGAAAGCAUUGCUCCUACACAAGCCCCAAGUGGAUUGCCUCCAGAUUUCAUCCCAGGUGAAUUUCGAAUUGGAGUUAUAACAUUUGAUAUGUUGAUGAACAUCAACAACUCUGCCGCGAAGCCUAACUUAACAGAAGUAGCAGAGUUCAUUGCCCAUGAGUUGCAAGUUGAUAAUUUACAGGUUCAUAUGUUGAAUUUUACUUCACAAGGAAAUAAUUACCUUGUUAAAUGGGGCAUCUUCCCUGCUGAGUCUGCUGACUACAUCUCUAAUACCACAGCAAUGAACAUAAUUCUGCAGUUGAGAGAUCAUCGUUUGCAAUUUCCUGAGAGAUUUGGUAGCUAUCAAUUGGUUGAAUGGAGGAUUCAGCCUCAAAGAAGGCCGACAUGGUGGCAUGAACAUUUUUUGGCAGUGGUUGCUGGAGUAGUGACUAUUUUGCUUGUUAGUUUAUUAAGUAUUGGGAUAUGGACGGUUUGGAGGCAUAGACAACGAGCACUUGGUACAUAUGAACCUGUCGGUGGCAUUGUUCCUGAGCAAGAGCUCCAGCCAUUAUGAUCGUAACAUUCUCCUUCUGGGUGUAGAUGACAAUAGCAUGGACUUAAAAAUACCGAUUAAAUUGAUGACAUGAUUUCUGAGACUGAUCAAUCUGUUGUAAAAUGAAUAGAAUUGAGAAAGGAACAUAGAAAGAAAAAUAGAGUGAUUAGAUGCAUAUUAUUUUGGAUAUUCUGUAUGAGGAAUAGUGCUAUGUAUCAUUAUUUGUUGGCACAAUAAUGAAACUCUUACUGUAACUAAAGAAAUACAAAAAUGAAUCUCUUUUUCAUCGA